AUGGGCCAAGUACGAGUACCGAAGAAUGUAUUUUUGAACUCUGAAACAUCAGAUCUAACAACCUGCUCACAGCUUCAACAAAUGUCAUUUAAACCCUGGAAAGAAUGCCCUUCAAUAUCUGAACAAGAGUCAAGACGACACAGAAGAGACGCAAACCUAGAAGAUUCUUUGUCCCGCGCUGAAGCCAGGAUUAAGCAAUUGGAAGAAGAUCUGAGGCAAACCAAAAAUAUUGAUAAGGCUAGUUAUGUUUGCAUAACAGAGUCAGGUGAAAUAAAGCAAUCUGGAGACUCCUGGACUCUUAGUAACAUCAACGCCGAGCUCAUUUGCUUCUGCCAGGAAGGGCUUAUAAAAUGCAAACUUGCUGCUUGAGGAAAACGAGUUAUUUAGGACCUAUAUUUCAUGAUGUUUUAAGUCAACAGCUUGAAGAACAUAACAGCCAGGGUUAUAUUAACAACAACAACAACAAACAUCAGCUGUUGUCUAGAAAACCAAUCC